AGUUUUUACAAGUCUGCGAGAAAUCAACAUGAAAAUCACCGUACUGCUUUUGGUAGUGUUCAUCGGGGCGUGUGUUGCCGAAUAUUGUUUAAACCCUGGCCAAUGUACCCAGGAACAAUGUCAGACUGGAGAGUCACCUGGCUGUACGUCCAACAUCUGUACGUGCGUGACGACUAUUGACGACUCAACCUGCGGAAGCAAGGAUGACUGCAAUGCGUACUACGACAGCGGAAAACACGGUUCUUGCUACCAUAGCUGGCGUCACUGCGUAGAUGCUAAGUGCCAAUGUCAUCGUUAUUGAUCCUGUCUGCCCAAACUUCACAGAACUGAUCUACUUUCAUUGUAAAAUAAAUUCUUACUUGUA